AUGAAGCUUACGCGGUGUGUCGGUAGGGCCGGGAGGCCCGGAGGGACGGCUGCCUGCCUUCUGCGGCACGGGUCGCGCGGGCUGACCGCGCCGCUGGCGGGCGGCGCGGCGGGGGGGACGACGGGAAAGCAGCGUCGCCUUCCUGUCCGUAGCGUCUUCAUUGGCCAGCGUCUAGAUUCUGUAAGAGGAUACUGUCAGUAUAACAUCUGCAGAGGAGAGAGAAACUACUCCCGGUUUUCCUCUCCUGACUUUUACUCCAGUCUUGGGUUGGAAGACUUCCUCUCUGUAGGCGACACUUCUGGAGCAGAGGAGGAUACAGACUUGGCUAUCUUAUAUGGAACCUUGCGAGGAAGUGUUGUUGGAUUACGAUACUACACGGGGAUUGUUAAUAACAAUGAAAUGGUUGCACUUCAGAGGGAGCCUAAUAAUCCUUAUGAUAAAAAUGCAGUGAAAGUAAAUAAUGUGAAUGGAGACCAGGUAGGCCAUAUAAAAAAAGAACUAGCGGCAGCAUUGGCAGGCAUUAUGGACAACAAACUAGCAUUAAUUGAAGGGGUUGUCCCUUAUGGAGCAAAAAAUGCCUUUACCAUGCCUGUACAAAUGAGCUUUUGGGGAAGAGAAGAAAACAAGGAAGCAGUGCUAGAUCAGCUAAAAAGGCACGGAUUUAAAUUGGCUCCUCCUCUGAAAGGUUCAGAAUGUGGUUUUGGAUCAAAGUGGAUUUCUGGGAGAGCUGGUCCAAGUUACAGUGCUCCGGUUCAUGCUGCUGUGCAGUUGACAACUGAACAGCUCAAAAGUGAAUUUGACAAAUUGUUUGAGGAUCUGAAGGAAGAUGAUAAAACUUGUGAAAUGGAAGGAGCAGAGGCUGUUGGCACACCCUUGCUUCCCCAUCAGAAGCAGGCUUUAGCUUGGAUGGUUUCACGUGAGAACAGUAAUGAUUUGCCACCCUUUUGGGAAGAGAGAAGUAACUUCUACUACAAUAUACUUACAAACUUUGCAGAAAAGAAGCGACCUAAAAAUGUUCUUGGAGGAAUACUGGCUGAUGAUAUGGGACUGGGUAAAACGCUUACUACUAUUGCAUUGAUUCUCACAAAUUUUCAAGAUAGCAAGCCUCUUCCUGUUGAAAAGAUCACAAGUGAUAAGUUUUAUGAGGAAUCUGGUACUAACAGCAUGAACAGCGUUGGACGCAGACUAUGUAAAGACUCUAGCAAUGUGAUGGAGCCUGGUGUUUCUAACAUAAAAAAGUUUGAAACUACUCCGUUGAAAUACUCAAGUUGUCUUCCAAAAAGAGAGAAAGCCAAGAAACCCAGAUAUUCAGGAAGCAGUCACUUGGGAGAGUCUGAAGAAUGGCUACUGCAACAAACAGAAACAACUUCCUGUGUUGUCCAAGAAGAUACAGGCUUUGCAUCUGUUCUUCUACCUUCAUCUACUUGUUUAAAAAGACAAACAAAAAGAAAAGGUACUGCUGGCAUUCAAUGUGUUGAGAAGAAGUACUCUGAUGAUGGCCCCAGAGCAACACUGAUUGUAUGUCCACUCUCUGUCCUGAGCAAUUGGAUUGACCAGUUUGAACAACAUAUCCACCAAGAUUUUCAUGUAAAUAUUUAUGUUUAUUACGGUUCUGACCGUAGCAAAGACCCAUCAGUUCUUUCAGAACAAGACAUCGUACUGACAACAUACAACAUCUUAGCUACGGAUUACGGAAUCAGAGGUGACAGCCCUUUACAUAAAGUCAAGUGGCUGAGAAUUGUGUUGGAUGAGGGGCACACUAUACGAAAUCCAAAUGCUCAGCAAACUAAAGCUGCCUUAAAUCUGGAGGGACACAGAAGAUGGGUACUUACAGGCACUCCUAUUCAGAAUUCUGUAAAGGAUUUGUGGUCUCUUAUUUCCUUCUUAAAACUGAAACCUUUUACUGAUCGAGAGUGGUGGCACAGAACAAUUCAACGUCCAGUCACAAUGGGAGCUCCAGGAGGACUUGGGCGUUUACAGUCUCUGAUUAGGAGCAUUACCCUUAGAAGAACUAAAACAAGUAAAGUUAAAGGAAAACCCAUUCUGGAGUUACCAGAACGUAAAGUACUUAUUCAGCAUGUUACGUUGACAGAGGAAGAGAGACAAAUCUAUCAAUCUGUGAAGAAGGAGGGCAAAGCUGCUAUUAGCAGAUUUUUCAGUGAAGGGACUGUACUAGCUCACUAUGCUGACAUCCUUGGUGUCCUGCUCAGAUUGAGGCAGCUUUGUUGCCAUCCUCAUCUCUGUAUAAAUGCAUCUUCUAGUUUUUCAGCUGAUAAUAAAACCCCUGAAGAACUGCCUGAGACAUUAGUGAGUAAAAUGAAGUUGGUUCUGAGCUCUGGUUCAGAUGAAGAAUGUGCAGUUUGCUUGGAAUCACUGACUCUUCCUGUGAUAACACGCUGUGCGCAUGUCUUUUGUAAGCCAUGUAUUUUUGAAGUCAUCAGAAGUGAACAGCCAAAUGCCAAAUGCCCUCUCUGUAGGAAUGAGCUUAGAGUAGAGCACUUGGUGGAAUGUCCCCUAGAAGAGGAAAUAGACUCCAGUAAUGGAAAGAAGUCUGAUCGAGAGUGGAUAUCCAGUUCAAAGAUAAAUGCUCUCAUGCAUGCUUUGGUAGAACUACGGAGGGAUAAUCCAACUGCUAAAUGUCUGGUUGUUUCUCAGUUCACAACUUUCCUGUCACUGAUAGAAAAUCCCUUGAAAGAAUCAGGGUUUGCCUUCACUCGUUUGGAUGGCUCAAUGACACAGAAGAAAAGAGUAGAAGCAAUUCAUUGUUUCCAAAGCAGCCAAGCAGGAUCCCCAACUGUAAUGCUUUUGUCUCUGAAAGCAGGUGGAGUUGGAUUAAAUCUGACAGCAGCUUCCCGAGUGUUUUUAAUGGAUCCUGCUUGGAAUCCUGCUGCAGAAGACCAGUGUUUUGACAGGUGUCACAGGCUGGGUCAGAAGCAUAAUGUUGUUAUUACUAAGUUCAUAGUGAAGGAUUCAGUGGAAGAAAAUAUGCUGAAAAUUCAGAACAAGAAGAGGGAACUUGCAGCAGGAGCCUUUGCUACCAAAAAGCCUUCAGCAAGUGAAGUAAAACAAACCAAAAUUAAUGAAAUUAAGGCUCUAAUUGACUUAUAG